AUGCUCCCCGGGUUCGAGACACAUGGAAAUAAAUGUUGCACUAUCGCAGCCAGGCAAACAGCCGAGGGCGAUAUGUCUAAAAAAUCCCGAAAAAUGCAAAGGCAUGGAAUGCGCUCCCCCAGUCCCUCCGCUGGGGGCAGUGCUCGCUUCCCCGUCAGCGGGGGCCCGCACGGCGCGUGUGAUGACGUCAUCACUGCGCGACGAUGGCGGGGCGGAAGUGUACGGGGGCCUUCUCUCGACCCGCAUAGCCAGCUGGCGCGCAUGCGUGGCUCAUCCGUGGGUUUUAGCAACAGUGUCACGGGGAUACAGGCUCCAAUUUGCCAUGAAACCGCCUCGAUUCAACGGGCUGAUCAUGUCAGUGGCCGAGGGAGAAUCGGCUCGUGUGUUGACGGCCGAAAUCGAAACCCUCCUGCACAAGCAGGCAAUCAGAGUGGUACACGGGGAGGAAAGCUGUCAGGGCUUCUAUUCCCGUUAUUUCGUAGUUCCAAAGAAAGGCGGUUCAGCCCUCCGUCCCAUUUUGGAUCUACGUGUAUUGAACAAGCACCUCAGAAAGUAUUCAUUCAAAAUGCUGACACACAAGGUGCUGUGUCGAUCGAUUCGUCCAGGCGAUUGGUUUGUUACGAUAGAUCUGGCGGACGCGUACUUCCACAUAGAUAUUUAUCCCUCUCACAGGAAAUUCCUCAGGUUUGCAUACCGGGGCACAGCAUACGAAUUUCAAACUAUACCGUUCGGGCUAUCAUUAGCUCCGAGGGUUUUUACCAAGUGUGUGGAGGCAGCCCUGUUCCCGUUGAGGGACAAGGGCAUAAGGAUAUUGUCUUACAUAGACGAUUAUCUGAUAUGCUCGUCGUCAAGGGAGCGAGCCAUAAGAGACGCAGAGAUUGUCCUGUAUCACCUCAGAGACCUGGGUUUCAGGAUAAACAUGAUGAAGAGCCGGCUGGUGCCCUCUCAACAUACGGAGUAUUUAGGGCUCGGCUUGGACUCCCUUUCGUAUCGAGUCACGUUGACGGAAGAGAGAAUAGCGUCUUUCACACAAUGUCUCGCUCGUUUUCAGAGGGGACGAGUAGUCCCGUACAGGCUGUGCUUGCGAAUGCUGGGGCUGAUGGCUUCGGUGAUCGCGGUAGUGCGUUUGGGGCUACUCAAAAUGAGGGAUUUUCAGCGCUGGAUCGCGCGCUUGCGUCUGUGCUCUCGCCGGCAUCUCAGCCGACCGGUGAGAGUCACUCAUGCGUGCGUCGAAGCGCUCAGACACUGGAAAGGCCCUGUGACGUUCAGAUCGGGGAUUCCCUUAGGGGCGGUGUCAUCGAGAAUAACUUUGACAAUGGACGCGUCAUUGAAGGGUUGGGGUGCAACCCUAAUGGGCAGGACUGUGAACGGCGCGUGGCCACCACAGUUGGUGCACGAACAUAUAAACUAUUUGGAGCUGUUGGCGGUGUGGCUGGCACUGAAACAUUUUCUGAGUUUCCUCAGAGGUCGGCAUGUUUUAGUGAAAACGGACAACACCACGGUGGUUGCUUACAUCAACCGUCAGGGGGGCACACGCUCCCUUCAGUUGCAUCGGUUGGCGACGAAGCUGAUCGUGUGGUGCGACACACGGCUUCUGUCCCUCCGGGCGACUCACGUUCCGGGGAUCUUGAACAGAGGGGCGGAUUUACUGUCCAGGGGAAAUCCCCUGUACGGAGAGUGGAAACUCCAUCCUCAGGUGGUCAGCCAGAUAUGGCAGAGGUACGGUCAGGCUGCCGUCGAUCUCUUCGCCUCGCGAGAAAACGCUCAUUGCCCUCUGUAUUUCUCCCUGGUGGACGCAAAUGCACCGUUGGGUGUGGAUGCUUUGGCCCAUCGAUGGCCGGACGUGCUUCUGUAUGCGUUUCCCCCUCUGAGCUUAAUCUCCCCCACUUUAGCCAGAGUGAGGGAGCGGUGUCUGUCAUUGAUUCUGGUAGCCCCGCGCUGGCCAUCCCGACAUUGGGUGGCGGAGAUUGUCCAGCUAUUGUCGGGGCAGCCGUGGCCCCUCCCCCCACGGAGGGACCUCCUGUCUCAGGCGGGGGGGGAGAUUUACCAUCCUCAUCCGGACAUGUUAGCCCUCUGGGCCUGGCCCGUGAGAGGUGGAAUCUGAAUGCGGCUGGCUUGCCCUCGUCAGUUAUACAGACUAUUCAGAGUGCGAGGGCCUCUUCUACCCGCGCUCUUUAUAGCAAUAAAUGGCGUGUUUUUGAGGAAUGGUGUGGGCGGAGAGUGAUUAUCCCUUUUCAGUGCUCUGUUAGGGAUAUAUUAUGCUUCCUCCAGGAUCUGCUUGAUAAAAGGAAGGCUUUCUCCACCAUUAAGGUGUACCUGGCGGCUAUUUCAGCCUGCCAUGUAGGUUUUGGUGACAGGUCGGCAGGCCAGCACCCUUUAAUAAGUCGUUUUAUGAAGGGGGCGCGCCGCAUACGGCCGGUGUCUAGGCAGAUGGUUCCUUUAUGGGAUCUGCCCAUCGUCUUAGAAGCCCUGUCCCAACAUCCUUUUGAGCCGAUAGAGGCGGUGAGUCUUAAGUAUCUCUCUCUUAAGACGGCACUGCUCCUGGCUUUGGUGACAGCCAAGCGUGUGAGUGAUUUACAUGCUUUGUCGGUUAGCCCGUCUUGCUUACAGUUCGCUCCGGGGCUCACUAAAGUUUCUUUCCGUCCUAACCCUGCGUUUGUGCCCAAGGUUUUGGAGUCGACAUAUAGGUGCCCGUCUACUGAACUGGCGGCUUUUCAUCCUCCACCGUUUUCUUCUCCGGAGGAGCGGAAACUCAAUGCAUUAUGCCCGGUGAGGGCUCUUCGGGCGUAUGUGGGCAGGACAGCUGGUUUCAGAACUUGUGACCAGCUGUUUGUGUCUUGGGCUACUCCCCACACAGGGAAGCCGUUAUCUCGGCAGCGGCUGUCCCACUGGAUUGUGGAGGCGAUAUCUGUGGCGUAUGGUUGCAGAGGUCUUCAGCCCCCUGCGGGCUUGAGAGCCCACUCCACUAGGGGUAUGGCCACGUCGUGGGCUUUACUCAGGGGAGUUUCCGUUCUGGACAUUUGCUCGGCGGCGAGUUGGGCAACGCCGCAUACGUUUGUACGAUUCUAUAGGCUGGACGUUUCGGGACCGUCCUUAGCACACGCGGUGCUGGGGGCCGGUACUGCUGUACCCGUUUGGAAACAGUAAUAUGGGUGCAAUCCGGGAGCUGUCUAUAUCUCCCAUAGUGAAACACCGAGCGAAGUUAGAAAAAGAACGUUGGGUUACUUAACGUAAUCCCCGGUUCUUUGAUAACAGAGUGAGGUGUUUCACCAGCACUUCCCUCCUUGCACUUGGACGGGAAGAAAUCUCGUUAAUGACGAAGACAGGGGUCGACCUGGCUGAUAUAGGCAAGGCGGAGUCUGGUCGCAGGUCGACCUGUCUGUCAAAGACAGACGUGGUGUCAUAAGAGCUUCCGUAGUUGGUCACGCCCAAAGCGAUUCCCAUAGUGAAACACCUCACUCUGUUAUCA